ACCGACCAGUUGCUCUACGCGAACUAUCGUUGCUUGUUGUUGUUUACCUUUGUGUUAUACGUGCGUAAUUUCAUAUGUGAAAAAUUUAAUUUUUCGCAGUAAUUAUGUAUUAGUGUGUGUGUGUGUGUGUGUGUGUGCUACUUAGGCUGAUAAUACCUUAUAUUUAUAUUUAAACGAAUAAAAUUAAACAAAAAGGAUAUGAUUACUUCAGGAAUGGUGUUUACAUGGUGGUUUUUCUUUCUAUGCUUCAUACUUCUAUCAGAUUGUAAAGAUCUAUUUGAUCUUGUCGCAGUAGUUCCUAGGUACGCUAAAUUAGGCGAAGGCGUGGUACUUAAGUGUAAUCAUACAGUUUCCGAAAACGAUCUCUACAAGGUUCAAUGGACCAAAAGCGGUAAUAAACUAUUUCAGUAUAUCAGAGGUCGGAUGCCGCCUUAUAUCAACAAUUCAAUACCAGGAGCACAAAUAGACUGGGACAACACGGAACCAUCACAACUAGGUUUAUUCAACCUACAGCAUGAUGCAUCUGGCCAAUAUGGUUGUACAGUAACCCUAGAAUCACCUAUUUACAGUAAAACUUCAGAAUAUCGAGAUCUAACCGUAAUAAAAAUUCAAGAUAGAGAUCCAGUAAUCAAAAUAUCCAAAGAAGUAUUCAAUGUUGGAGAAAUCUUGGAAGCUAUUUGUACAUCAGGUCCAUCGAAACCUGUACCAGAAAUAACUUGGUUGGUGAAUGGACGAAAGCAACCAGAUGCCUAUAUGAAACCAAUUGUCAAGGCAGCACUAAAUUCAGCAGCAGCCAUGCGGUUGACUCUACCAGUUACAGACAAACUGGGUGCUGAAGUUCAUUUGACUUGCUUGUCUACCAUUCCCGGAUACCUUGGUCCUAAUCAUUUGGAUUACGCGGAUUACAGAACACAAUCAUUAAUUGUGAGUGUUGUUGCCAAACCCGAACCUGUAACUGCGGGAAGCGCUAAAGAAUUUAUUAGCCUACUGAUAUUAAUAACUUCAACAACUGCCGUCAUACGAUUUUAAAAAUCUUUUCUUCCAAUAAGCAAUUGUGACAAAUUUCAUUUUUUUCGCUCAUCAAUCGAUCUUCAAAACUUUUCAAAGCUAUUCCCACGAGUUCAUCAUGACAAUUGUUGCUUCAAAUACUAAAAAAAUGAACGCUAUCUAUACCUGUAUAGUGAUUGUUACCAUUGAUUUUCAACUACUACCAAAAGAUUAUAAUAAUCAAAAUUUUGUACGCACAUUGAUUGUUUUAAUCGAUAUUUUAAAGAAUCUACUCUUUUUUUUUUGUACAUAAAUUAUUUUUGUAAUAAUAUUUUCUCUAAUGUGAAUUUUGAACACAAAAAUUUUUACCUUAUCUGUGUUAUAAUAAUUUAUUAAUAAUCUAUAAUAUAU